CUGUCUGUCCCAAGUGAGAGGAAAGGGACAGAAGAUAGGCCACACCCAUACUUCAUUUUCCCUCCUAUUUCUCAUUCCCCAAACACUUGCAUGUUCUUCAAAACAACCUCUUUAACUACUUCAAAAUCUACAUUUAAUGCCACCCUUCUUUUCUAGCAUUACAAAUUCCACCAAAAUCUCCAUUACUACAAUCACCAGUAUCACCAAACACAAGACAAGUUGAUCUGUUUUUGUUGUUGAUAUCUUCCAAGUUCUAACCAUUUUACCAAUCACAUUCAUCUUUUCUUAAUAUGUCAAUCAUAUCUUCUCUAGUUUUGUUUCUUCUAUGUAGUAUUUCUUUCCAUGCAUGUAAUGCUAGGCAUCUUGCUGCAAUUGGUAAGAAGCCUCAGAAAAAAUCUAUCCUUCCAAACAAGAAUGAUGAAAACUUGAGUCCUGUCAAGAUAUCACCGAAGUUCAAGCCAGCCUUGUCAAAAGAACUUGGAGCUACAAAUGGAGAGGGCAUGGCCAAGCAAAGUAGGGUUUACAAAGAUGAUCACAAGCCAGUAAGUUCAAACCUCAAAGAACUGCAAGACCAAACAACAGUGAAAAUCUCAGGUGCUACACAGAUUGAUCAGCCUCUUCUUUCUGCUUCUCAGCGGUUGCCGCACCGGAAACCAGGUGAGCAUCAACCGGAGUUUAGCUUGGACUAUUUGCCACCCAUGACAUUUCCUCCUGUUCACAAUUGAGCAUUGGUUCAAAUUACGAUAUCAAAAUAUGUAUCAAUAUCAGUAUCAAUAUCGGUGAUACAAUUAUAUAUUGAUAAAUAAAAUACUGCAAUUGAGGUUUCUUCUUGCCUCUCUCUUUAAUCCUAGAAGAUGUAUCUACUCAUCUCUAACAUUUGGGUAGUUCUUGGAAGUAAAAAAAUUAGUGCUGGAGAACUAGCAUUACAUGUACACCCUUAACCUAUGACUAAAUGUGGGGUUUAUGUGCUAAUAUGCCAUGCCUCUCCUUUUCAAUGUAUAAUGUUUUGAAGAGUUUUGAUGGUGAAGAUAUA